AUGCCUCACUCACUGGCAACGCUAGUGCUCAUUCUCGCCUCGCUCCUCCUCCCGACCGCUGCACUCGCCGACGACAGCGUCCGCCGGGUGCUCCACGAGCCGCUCUUCCCCAUUCAGUGGACACCGCCGCCCGGCUUCAGCUCCAACCCCGACAACGGUGGGCCGGCGCUGCUGCCACCGCCUCCCCCGCCGCCCAACACCGUAACCGCCGACGUCUCCUCCCCCACAGGCCCCGCCCCGCGCGUCCGCGGCGGCGGCGGAGGCACCCCCAAGGCCGCCAUCGUCGUCGCGUCCGCCGCCGCCGCGGCCUUCCUCGCCCUUCUCGCCUUCGCCGCCGCGUUCCUCCUCACCGGCCGCCUCUCGCGCCACCCGGUCCAGCCACACAACGCGCCCGUGCCGACGCGCCCUCCCGCUGCCCAUGCCACCGUCUCGGAGGGCCAUGCACCUGCUUCUGGCUCCUCGACGGUCUCCCGCUACCGCAGCGAGCGCGCGCGCCGGGGCAUUUGCCGCGACGUCGACACCGUCCCGAGCCCGGAGCUCCGCCCGCUCCCGCCGCUACGCCGAGGCUCGUCCGACGAGGAAGCGGCCGGGUACUACACUCCAGGACAGCUCUCCGCCUCUGCCGGGUCCGGCGGAGGGACCGGGACGUGGAGCGAGGCCAGCGCGUCCAGCCCGCGCACCACCACGGCCUCCCGCCGCAGCCUCCCCAGCCUCACCAGCGACUUCUUCUCCGGGACGCCGGCCGCCGCCCCGGCCCCUUUUUUCGCAACUGCGCCCCCUCCCGCUCCUCCCGCGCCACGGUCCCGCCGCACGCAGCCGCGCACCCGCUUCUCUGCCACCGAUACGAUGCCCUCCAACCCUCUACCCACGGCCCCUCCUCCACCACCGCAGCCCCAAAACACAGUCCCAAAACCUCCACCGCCGCCGCCAUCAGCUGUGCACCGCUCACUCAAACCAGUUAACCCUCCCACCACCAUCGCGGUGCGCGCGGCGCCUACCACGGCGACGAUCAAGGACAAUGUCGACGCCGGUGGCAGCAUGUCAAUGCCAACACGGACGCACGAUGACAGUGACGAAGCUCGACCGAAGAUGAAGCCGCUGCACUGGGACAAGGUCCCUGCGAGCUCUGACGACCGCGACAUGGUCUGGGAUCGGCUCAAGUCCAACUCCUUCCAGUUGGAUGAGGACACGAUCGACGUGCUCUUCAUGAACAAGGCGACAGCCGCGCCGCCGCCAAGGAAAGCUGGCAUGACGCAGCUCAGGAAACAGGAGAGGGUCCUUGAGCCCAACAAGGCACACAACAUUGCCAUCCUGCUGCGUGCGCUGAAUGUCACGCUCGAGGAGCUCGAGGAUGCACUUCUAAAUGGUAAUGCUGAAUGUUUGGGGGCAGAACUUUUGGAGACCUUAGUAAAGAUGGCUCCCACGAAAGAGGAAGAACAUAAACUGCGAAACUUCACCGGGGACUUAUCAAAACUUGGCUCGGCGGAACGGUUUCUUAAAGCAGUUCUUGAUAUACCUUUCGCCUUCAAACGAGUUGAUGCCAUGCUGUACCAAGCAAAUUUUGAGAGCGAAAUAAUUUACCUCAGAAAAUCUUUUCAAACACUUGAGGCAGCUUGUGAAGAUUUAAAAGGCAGCAGAUUGUUCCUAAAACUACUUGAAGCAGUGCUGAGAACCGGGAACCGAAUGAAUGUUGGCACAAAUCGUGGCGAGGCAAAAGCUUUCAAACUAGACACCCUCCUUAAACUAGCAGACAUCAAAGGCACCGACGGCAAAACCACCGUGCUACACUUUGUAGUCCAAGAAAUCAUCCGCUCAGAAGACGAAAAAUCAGACAGAGCUGCAGAAAACCACAUCACAAACACCGCGAAAGAUAUACAGUUUCGCAGGCAUGGCCUGAAGGUCGUGUCUGGGCUGAGCAGCGAGCUAGGGAAUGUCAAGAAAGCGGCAACCAUGGAUUUCGACGUGCUGCACAGCUACGUAUCCAAGCUCCAAACCGGUCUUGGAACGAUAAACUCGGUCAUCCGGCUCGAGGAGCAGUGCACGAAGGGGGAGAAGUUCUUCGCGGCGAUGCGUAGUUUUCUGAAGGAAGCUGAGCAGGCGAUCCAGCAGGUCAGGUGUGAGGAGAAGAAGGCUCUGGAGAGAGUGAACGAGAUCACCAACUACUUCCAUGGCAACACGGCGAAAGAGGAAGCUCACCCUCUAAGGGUCUUCAUGGUGGUGAGGGACUUCGUUUCCAUUCUGGAUCGUGUCUGCAGGGAAGUUGGCCAGCAGGACAGGACGCCUGCUGGGUCUUUCCGUGUCUUGGCGACCACCGUAAGUCCGAUGCUGAAUGUGCAUGGAAGAGACGCCAAUUCCGACGAGGAUAGCUGA